ACAAAAUACGGGGCAGGACUUUUUCUGGACCUGGAUUUUCCACCUCUGCCUAGAGUUGAAAUAGACAGAAUUCGGAUUGGAAACCGCGCCCAUUCAGUAUAAAUUCGGCACAUGCCGGUCGGGUUUUGGAGCGCACCCACCGAUUAUGGAGAACUGCGUUUGAAUGAGGUACUUCAAACGAAAGCACACCUGGUAGCGUGAAUCCAGGUCAACAGAGGAGGGAAGCCACGCCCACUGGUCCAGCACCAGGUGCAAGCGUAGGAGAGCUGGUCCACAACAACACCUGUUCGUUACCCACCUGUGUGCAUAGCCCCAGAGGACGCGAGUUACCUGCCGGCGAGCGGCCCCGCUAAUGUUCCCCGCGGCAAGAUUAGAAGUGAAACGAAGAGCCGGUUUCUGUCAAAAUCCCAAUUCUAGCAUUUAUAUCUUUACAAAAAAAGGGUGGCCGCUCUUUUCACUAAGAAGAUACGCCGCUACGCAGCCCUUUGAACUCGUGCGGCUAGUUUAUUGUUCAUCUCGCAUUGUAUAAGUGAACCAGCGGAGCGGAAGAGAAACGAACUAACGUAACUUGAAGAAUGAGAUUCAGAUCGUAUCGGGAAAUCGCCAGCUCUACAGUGCCGAGCUGGAGGCGUUCCGAGGGGCGGACCUUUCACAGAGAGAUUGGGGUGGGGGUCCCCGCUCCGGAAGCAGGAUGGAGAAACCGGCUUCGGUCCGCCGAGCUCGCCCCCCAGUCCGGAGUGCGGCGUUCCGGUGCGACGUUCCGGUGUGUGGUCCUGGGAGGAAUGGCUCCACGCUGCCAAGCUGCUGAAAAGGCCCGUCUGUCAACACGUUUCUGGGAAACAGCAUGUCCUGCAUUUCUAGCCAAAAGAACAGGUUCCACCUGCAGAUGCUGACCCGCACACCCCCGUCGGGCGUGGCCGAGCUCCUGCUCGCCAUCCUGGAGCGGGGCGGGUGGAAGGAGGGUGUAGCCCUGUCCUGCGGCGAGCGGGAGGAGGCGGGGCUUCUGGACCUGCUGGGGCGAAGGGGCGGGGCCUACUGGAAUCUGCAGGCCACCCUGUUCCUGCCGCGCGGCGUGGAGGCGGAGCAAGCGCAGGUCACGGCCUUCCUGCUGGAGCACCUGGGCCAGGCGCCGGGCCCCUCCCUGGCCGCCGUGCUGGUGUUCGGGGCCGACCCCCAGUGCGUGGCCUCCGUCCUGCGGAUCGCCGACGAGCUGGGCCCCACGCUGCCCGCCGCGCACUGGAUCAUGGGUAACCCGCUGAGCCCGGACGCGCUGCAGGCCAUCGGCGGGCCGGCGGGGCUGGUGGCGUACGGCGAGGUGGAGCGCAAGCCGCUGCAGUUCUACAUUCGCGACUCCCUUCAGCUCCUGGGCCGCACCGUAACCGCGGCAACCGCCCUGCGCCCCGACCUGGCGCUGAUCCAGAACAUGGUCAACUGCUACGACAAGCCCAACAAGCACGAGGUGCUCUCCUCCGGCCAGUACCUGGCCAGGUUCCUGUGGAACUCCUCGUUUGAGGGCCUGACGGGGGCGGUGCGGGCGCAGAGGGGCGGGUCGCGGGUGCUGACAGGGCAGCGCUUUCGGGUGUGGCGGCUGCAGCGGGACGCCGUGGGCAACCCCGCCUGGGUGACCGCGGGCCGCUGGGACGGGCGGAGCCUGGAGGCCGAGGACCCGCACGGGGCGUGGCCCGGGGGGCUGUCGCCACGGAAACCGGCGGGGGCCGGGGCAGGGGGCGGGAGGAAGGGCGGGGCCGGCCGGCGCUGGAGGGCGGGGCUCCCCGUGGCCGGGAGCCGGGUGCGAGUGGUGACGCUGGUGGAGCACCCCUUCGUCUUCACCCGCGACUCGGACGAGGACGGGAACUGCCCCGCGGGACAGCCCUGCCUGGACCCCCACGCCAACAGCACCCGCGUCCUGGACCUGCUGUUCCAGCGGCUGGAGCGGGGCGGGCCCAACGGCACGGACCCGCCCCUGCCCGCCCGCGCCCGCCGCUGCUGCUACGGCUACUGCAUCGACCUGCUGGAGAAGCUGGCGGAGGACCUGCGCUUCGGGUUCGACCUCUACAUCGUGGGCGACGGGAAGUACGGCGCGCGGCGGGCCGACGGCCGCUGGACCGGGCUGGUGGGCGACCUGCUGGCGGGCGGGGCCGACAUGGCGGUCACCAGCUUCAGCAUCAACUCGGCGCGCAGCCGCGUGCUGGACUUCACCAGCCCCUUCUUCUCCACCAGCCUGGGCAUCCUGGUGCGCAGCAGGGACACGGCCGCGCCCAUCGGCGCCUUCAUGUGGCCGCUGCACUGGUCCAUGUGGGCCGGCAUCUUCGUGGCGCUGCACGUGACCGCGCUCUUCCUCACGCUGUACGAGUGGAAGAGCCCCUUCGGCAUGACGCCGCACGGACGCAACCGCGUGCGCGUCUUCUCCUACUCCUCCGCGCUCAACCUGUGCUACGCCAUCCUGUUCGGCCGCACCGUCUCCAGCAAGACGCCCAAGUGCUGGACCGGCCGCUUCCUCAUGAACCUGUGGGCCAUCUUCUGCCUGCUGGUGCUGUCCAGCUACACCGCCAACCUGGCCGCCGUCAUGGUGGGCGAGAAGACCUUCGAGGAGGUCUCCGGCAUCCACGACACCAAGCUGCACCACCCCUCCCAGGGGUUCCGGUUCGGUACGGUCCAUGAGAGCAGUGCGGAGGACUACAUGAAGAAGAGCUUCCCCGAGAUGCACGAGUACAUGCGCCGGUACAACGAGCCCACCACGCCCCGGGGCGUGGCCACACUCAAGACAGAUCCCCCUCAGCUUGACGCGUUUAUCAUGGACAAGGCGCUGCUGGACUACGAGGUGUCCAUCGAUGCAGACUGCAAACUGCUGACCGUGGGAAACCCCUUCGCCAUCGAAGGCUACGGGAUCGGGCUGCCCCAGAAUUCCCCGCUCACUUCCAACCUGUCGGCCUUCAUCAGCCGCUACAAGUCGGAUGGGUUCAUGGACAUGCUCCACGACAAGUGGUACAAAGUGGUGCCCUGCGGAAAGAGGGUCUUCGCCGUGACUGAGACCCUGCAGAUGGGUAUCCAGCAUUUCUCCGGGCUUUUUGUGCUGCUGUGCGUUGGCGUUACUGGAGCGCUCCUCUCUCUGGCCGGAGAGCACGCCUUCUACCGGCUGGUCCUGCCGCACAUCCGCCGCCGCCAGAAACUCCGCUACUGGCUCCACACCAGCCAGAAAAUCCACCGUGCUCUGAACAUGACCUACGAAGAUGUUAAGAAAAAAAGGGCCAACGCAGAGAAAAGCUGUAAUGUCCAGAAAGACCCAUCCCUGCAGCCCCUCCCUCCUCCGCCUCCCCACGGUGCCACGGCAACCUGGACCUCCGAGGGGGUGCGCCCCCCCCAGGGACAGAAGGACACCAAGCGGGUCCACUUCAACCUGGAGACGCUCAACAGCCGAAAACUCCUGUCUCGCCCAGCCCCGGGGGAGGAGGAGGAGACGGGGGGGCGGGUGUGUGAGAACGGGGGGCCAGUGGCCCCGCCCCCUGCCCGUGCCCCAGCCCCGCCCCCAGCCCCAGCGCGGGACGGAGAGCUGGAGGAGCUGCAGGAGAGGAUCGAGGGGUUUCGGGCUCAGCUGCGGGCAGCGCUAGCCCGUAGGGCGGAGCUACAGACCAGCCUGGCCAGUCAGCGAGUAGCCCCGCCCAUCACUUCUGAUGGCCCCUCCCCCGGCCCCACCCCCAUUCCUAACCCCGCCCCUCGUACAAGCAGCAGUGAGACGAGGUGACCCAGGUCCCAGUGUAGUUGGGUUUGGGAGGGUUUUGUAGGAGUGAGCAGGAUAACACCCCCCCCCCCCACCCCCUCCCUGAACACACACCUGGAAUACCUGGUGCUCAGCAGAGGCUGUGGCAGCCAGAGUAUCUCCUCACAUGCUCGGUUCCUCUCUUAACCUCCUGUAGGGGGCGCCGGCCACUGCAGUUCAUCAGGACUUCCUGAACAGGAGAGCCGUGACACGCUUCCAUUGGGGGGGGCGCCUGGUCACCAUGGCUACGGAAGUGUGGCGAGCUCAGACUGGACCAGAUGGGCGGGGCGCGGAGCUUCGAUGGGCGGAGUCUGGUGACUGCAGAGGGUGAUAUUGCCCCUGUAAAAGGAUGGUCUGUUACCUGGGCCUGCCAUCAAGGUUCUUGUCGGGAGAUUGUGCCCUUUGGUGACUUUGAUUGGCUGCUCAGAUCACAUGGGUUACAGGAACACACCUCGUUGAUUUACAGAAACCUGCCUGCAUAUUAAAUAAGUGUUUUUUUAGCAUUUUAUUUUCAUUUGCACUGUGGAACACUUAUACUAGUGGAUAACACAGGAGUACACAGCAAUGCGUUCUGGGAGUCGGAGUGAGCUGCCGCUGUCACCAACAGAGGAUUCUGGGAAUUGGAGGAUCUGGCAGGUAAAGAGACUGCAGUAAGGACUCAUUUUAUGGUGUUCAGUGAUUAUUUAUCUUUGCAAGACCAAAAUAGCUCCUCUAACCAAACCCUUGUUUUCAGAAAUAAAUGCUUGUCUGAUAGAAAUGUUCUUAGAAAGUCAAUAAAUAGAUUCCUAAAGUUUGUUACAUACCCAUUGUGCCAAAUACUGUUCUGAUCUUGUCUAAUGUUUUUAAACCUUGUUAUUGUUAUCUUUUGGAUCCAACAUUUGUCUUGUUGUUAGUCGUUAAUAAGGCAUAACUGUCUCCAGCUACCAGGGAAUCCGCAAAGUCAUCCAGGUGACCAUUUAGCAUACGCUAAUGCUGUCCUUCAGGUGGAGGAGAGGGUGCAGCAGGUGAGAUAAGGUGGACCGGGUGGAACGAGUCAAAUAAGGUGGAGUAGGUGAGAGAGGGUGGAACAGGUGAGAAAAGGUGUAGAAGGUGAGAGUAUGGAUCAGGUGUGAUAAAGUAUAACAGGCACAGGUGAGAGCAUGGAGCAGGUGAGAGUAUGGAGCAGGUGAGAGGGUGGAGCAGGUGAGAGUAUGGAGCAGGUGAGAGGGUGGAGCAGGUGAGAGUAUGGAGUAGGUGGGAGAGGGUGUAGCAGGUGAGAGUAUGGAGCAGGUGAGAGAGGGUGGAGCAGGUGAGAGUAUGGAGCAGGUGAGAGAGGGUGGAGCAGGUGAGAGUAUGGAGCAGGUGGGAGAGGGUGUAGCAGGUGAGAGGGUGGAGCAGGUGAGAGAGGGUGGAGCAGGUGAGAGUAUGGAGCAGGUGGGAGAGGGUGUAGCAGGUGAGAGGGUGGAGCAGGUGAGAGAGUAUGGAGCAGGUGAGAGGGUGGAGCAGGUGAGAGUAUGGAGCAGGUGAGAGGGUGUAGCAGGUGAGAGAGGGUGGAGCAGGUGAGAGUAUGGAGCAGGUGAGAGGGUGGAGCAGGGUAUCUUCUGUCUCAUGCCUUUAUCAGGAAGAUGAGGGUCAUUAACAGCUGUCUGUAGAAUGACUGUUCCCUCGGCUCUGUUACACCUGUGCACCUGUACACCUGUGCACCUGUGCUCCAGCGGGUGCUGCUGUGACUGUAAAUCCCCUUUCAGGACUCAGUACACACCAAAAUGUAAAAUCCAAGGAAGAAAAAAUACUUUCUAAUGUACGUCUGCAAGUAUUAUUUGUAAAGAGGAGAAAAAGUCUAUGUCACCACUUCCUUGAACAUAUGUGUGUAUGAAAGGAGAAUAGUUUAUAUAUUUUGUACUGUGUGUGAUAUAUUUAGAUGUGUACUGAAAUGUAUUUUGGAUUUUAAUACUUUUGGCAUAUAUGUACAGGCUGUACUAUGACCUUUUGUCAGCAAUCUGCCAGAAAUUUGAAACUCUGAACUGUUUGCACAAAUAUCACCUGGGAAAUUCUCCAGAGAAUUAUAUGAAAUUAAAACACAUGCAAGCACAGGUAUGUUUGUGGACUCGAGGGUGCAGUUCUGUAGUACAUGUAUAACAAAGCAUUAACAACAACAUUACAAAACAUUAAGAAAUGUAAUGCAAUUAUUAUAGCCGUUAAUAAAUGUGUGGGGUCAGGGUUGCCAUUUAGAGACAUUUACACCCAAUUAUACAAUUAGUCCCAUUGAGGGGGAUUCAAGCCCAGAGAAACUCCAUUGACUGCACCCUGGAGCAUUCCCAAUAUGGCAACCCUGGUCUCAUAAUUCAUUUCCUGAUAUUUGUUAAUGUUAGGCUUACCAUCCACUGUCUCUUUCAAAGCUGUUAUUAAUUAUUUAUUGAGUAGGCGUAACUGGCCUUAUUCUGAUGUCUGAAGAGUCUUUUCACAGCAGAAGUCUGAUUUAGUGUUACAGCCAAAUGCGUCCCGUCGGACUGAGAGCAGUUGGCCCGGUAGUGGUUUUGUAGCUUCCCUGAGAACCUUCAGUAUGAAAAUGAUCCUGCGUUCGUAACAAACCCAGACAGAACGGGGAAAAAAAUAAACGAGCAUUCGAACGAA